UAACACAAAACCACACAAUAAUAGAUGGGGGUAUUGUAGAACCCUAAUUUGUUUCCGAGGUGGAAACUCUAAAAGCGGGACAGACGAUUUGCGUCUUCUAGGGCAUCAACGAGGUGAUCUUCUCCGCUGACGGUAUCUCCGGCUAUUCUUCAGAUGGAUUGGCAAGGGCAGAAGCUUGCAGAGCAGCUGAUGCAGAUUAUGCUCGUUGUCUUUGCUGUUGGAUCUUUCAUUACUGGCUAUGCCAUUGGCUCCUUCCAGAUGAUGUUGAUCAUUUAUGCUGCUGGUGUUGUUUUGACUACGCUUGUCACUGUCCCCAAUUGGCCUUUCUUCAAUCGCCAUCCUCUCAAGUGGUUGGAUCCCAUUGAAGCUGAGCGCCAUCCAAAGCCCCAGCCUCAGCCUCAGCCUGCUUCUUCAAAGAAGAAGCCCACCAAACAGCACCAGAAGUAGGUCUUCUGCGAGAAAAUAUUGGCAUAUGCUAGAGACUUCAUGUUUUACUUUGCUGGCAUGGAACCUUGUUUUGUUAGCAUUCAUAUUCAGACAGUGGAUGCUUACUCUUUCUUUUUCUUCUUUUCAUUGAAGUAGUAAACCAUUUGAUGUGAUAAUUAUACUUAAAAGAAAAGUGGAGGAGGUAAAAUUUUCUUCA